AUGACUUUAUUGAAAAAUAAUGAGAAUCAGCGGUCGCAUGUAUUAAUGCCGGUUCUUCUUAGUGCCUGUGCAAUUCCAAUUUCAAUGUUAUUUUGGUUCAUAAAUGUGAUUUAUUCGACUUUUUAUUCAGAUUCUGAAAAUCACGCACAAGAUCAUUCAGUCGUAUCACCAUGGAGAUGGUUGAUCGCGGUUAUGUUGCCGCUUUUCAUGGCGUUUUGGGGUUUGAAAAGGAAAAGCGUGAACGUCAGCGGUGCUAUUCUCGGAUUAUUCAUGGGUUUUGUUCUGACACUUACCAGUUUCGCUCAUAUGGUUUGCCUCUUCUCAUUCUUUGUUACCUCUUCAAAAGCAACAAAAUUUCGUUCUCAUCUAAAGAAAAAACUUGAAGUGGAAUAUAAGGAAGGCGGUCAAAGAAAUUGGAUUCAAGUGCUGUGUAAUGGUGGCAUGGCAACACAAUUGGCGUUUUUAUACUUAUUGGAUGUAGGAUGUGUAGAAAGACCAGUUGAUUUUGAUAAGUACUAUAGGAGUUCAUGGUUGUCAGUAGGAAUUUUAGGAGCUUUUGCCUGCUGUAAUGGAGACACUUGGGCAUCAGAAAUAGGAUCAGUUGUUGGUAGUGGAGAUCCUUUUCUGAUUACAAAUAGAAAAAAAGUUCCAAAAGGCACAAAUGGUGGUGUCUCAUGGGUAGGUCUGCUUGUUUCUCUACUUGGUGGUAUGACAGUGGGUUUGUCUCAUUACAUAACUAUACUGAUGACUGUAGACACAGUCGUACUGCAAUUAGCAGCACCACAAUGGCCUAUUAUCAUUAUGGGAGGAAUUGGUGGUUUCUUUGGUAGCAUAGUAGACUCUAUCUUAGGAGCCACAUUGCAAUAUUCUGGAAUAAAUGAAAAAGGGAUUAUAGUAGAACAUCCUGGAAAAGGUGUGAGACACAUAAGUGGUAGACAAGUUUUGGAUAAUCAUAGUGUAAAUCUCUUAUCAAGUGUUAUUACUGCACUCAUAUUGCCAGAAAUAGCAAAAGUAGUCUGGUUUUAA